AUGUCCUUCAAAAUUCAUUCACAAACAGACGAAGAAAUUCCAAUUCAUAUUGUCAGCACCGUCGAUGCUAAAACACUGCUGCUAGAAGAAAAAUUAGCAAAGUCACACAAGGCAAGAUCUAAAAAGACGUUAUUAAAAGCCUCAGACUACCUUGAUGUAGGCUUAACCGUCAAUAAAAAUCAAAGCCUGAAAGAACGUUCAGCAAGCCCAAUGAAUGAAGAUGAAUCUGUGCAAUCCCUAACCCAUUACAAACCUUCACAUCAUGACGACAAGGAAAAUGCAGACUUGAGCGGCAGAUCCAUCUUUAAUUUCCAACACGCAGUUAAAAAAACUCCCAACGGCAUGAUGAAAAAAGCCUUGGUGUUGGAAGGAGAAGAGCCUGUGAAAACAUCGAGUAGAGUGAAAAAAACCACCAAACAUCAACUUACAAAAGUAGCGCCGGAUCAUACUAAGAGACGUCGUGUAGAAAGACAAAUGGAACUAUUAAAAGACAAUCGAAAUAGUUCUGAAGAAGAACAAGAUACAUCUAGUGAAGAAGAAAAGGAAGAACUUGAAGAUGAUGAUGAUGAUGAAGAAGAAGAAAAGAAGAAGAAGUCCAUGUUUCAUGAUACAGAAGGCUAUGAAAGAUAUUUUCAAGAUCUUCAUACCAGUUCCAAAACUUCAAACAACACAUUAUCAAAACUGCAAGUACUUGAACCGCAAGAAUUUCAUCAGAUUUUAGCUGACGCACCCAGGAAGCAUGAACAUGAAAUCGCUAUCCUGUCAGAAAUGCAUAAACAACAUUUUCCCCAGUGGUUUUUUGAACUCCAUUCCGGUUUUAAUCUGGUGUUUUAUGGAUAUGGAUCUAAGCGUAAUUUAUUAAACGAAUUCGCUCAAUCUUCUUUAACAGAUGGCCCCUUGAUUGUGGUCAAUGGUUUCUUUCCUUCUAUUUCCAUUAAAGACAUCUUGCUAAAGAUAUCUGCGGGAGCAUUGGGUACAACAGGACCCACCGGUCAAAUUAGCGAUCACGUCAAAUUCAUCUGUGAUUAUUUCGCUGAUCCAGACCGGGAAUACGAAAGUCUUUACAUUGUCAUUCACAAUUUAGAUGGCCCUAAUCUUCGUAACGAACGCACCCAAACUGCACUGUCGAUGCUAGCUAAUGCAGAUAACAUUCACUUGGUGGCCUCUGUCGAUCAUAUUAAUGCAGGUUUGCUGUGGGAUAAUAUUUUAGCAGAGCAUCAACUCCCAGAGAUGGAAUUAGCGAAUAUGGAAGGAAAAGGAAAUGAAUCGGUUGGUCUUAGUUAUAAUCAAUACUAUCAAAAGUGCCGUGAAGGCUUCUUUGUUUCAAGUGAUUUGGCUUUCAAAACCGAACUGACCGAAUUCAAAGAUCAUAAACUCAUCUCUACCAAAAAGGGUUUGGACGGAACCGAGUUCUUUUUAUACCUAUGGAUAAGACGACUCUCAUGAACAUCUUUGAGCAGUUAGAUUAAAAUAGGGAACCUUGUAAAUAAAUCAUUUAAAUCAUUUAAUACUUCAUUA